ACUGUCUCAAUGGAAGUGGUACCAGCCUGGGUCCCAGCAGUGGGUUUCACACUCCUGCCCCAUGCAGGAGGAUUUUUAGGAAGCAAGGUAACCAGAAAGGAAAUCCCAGUGUGGUAUGAAUCUCUACAGAAGCCAUCCUGGUGUCCACCAAACUGGGUGUUUGCUCCUGUUUGGGGAACUCUCUAUACAUCUAUGGGAUAUGGCUCCUACCUGGUAUGGAAGGAAUUGGGGGGCUUCAAUGAAAAGUCAGUGGUUCCUCUGGGUCUGUAUGCAGGGCAGCUGGCAUUAAACUGGGCAUGGACUCCAGUAUUUUUUGGAGCUCACAAAGUGGGAUGGGGGUUGGUGACUCUUCUGCUUACGACUGGUACGGCAACAGCUACUACUGCUUCCUGGUAUAACAUCCACAAAACAGCAGCUUAUUUGAUGGUUCCUUAUUUAGCUUGGCUAACCAUGGCUUCUGCACUCAAUUACCGUAUCUGGAAGGACAAUCGCAGCAAGAAACAACCUGAAUAAAGAGUUCUCAGCGGAAAAAACAUUUUUUUUCCACAAGACUUUUCUAAAUAAAAUUAAGGCCAUAACUUUAUUUUUAGCUAAACUACUUUUAUGACUAGCUUGCUAAUUACAAGUUGACAAAGCAGUAGUUGUUUAAAACAAAUAUGCCUUUACUAGGCAUACAAAGGUGUAUGCAUGACUGGGUUUUAUAGCAAACUAAAAGAUAGUGCUGAUUGAAAAGU